AUGGAUUCAAUUGAUCAAUUUCUGGAGACUGUCAGCAAGGGCGCCUGUCCUCGGGAGUCGGAGGUGAAGAAGUUAUGCAACGUCGCUCGCACCAUUCUUGACGCAGAGUCCAAUACUCACACGAUACGCGCUCCAUGCACCAUUGUUGGCGACAUUCACGCUCAGUUUUUUGACCUUCUUGAGAUGUUUCGUGUGGGCGGAGACGUCCCUGAUGUGAACUACGUCUUCAUGGGCGAUUACGUUGACCGUGGGCAUCAUGGCGUAGAGACAUUCCUUCUGCUGGUUGCCCUCAAAGUGAAGUACCCCAAUCGCGUUGCACUUCUUCGCGGCAACCACGAGUCGCGUCAGAUCACACAGGUGUACGGCUUCUAUGAUGAAUGCCUUCGAAAGUACGGCAGCGUUAACGUGUGGCGCUACUGCACAGAGGUGUUUGACCUUUUGCCGCUUGUGUGCGUGGUGGAGGAGAAGAUUCUGUGCGUCCACGCGGGUCUCUCGCCCAUGAUCUCCACAAUGAGCCAAAUUGAUGCCAUCGAGCGCCGGUGCGAGGUGCCUCACGAAGGCGCCAUGUGUGAUCUUCUGUGGUCUGACCCGGACGAAAUUGAUGCCUGGGGCCUCUCUCCGCGCGGCGCCGGUUACCUGUACGGCGAAGAAGUUGUGCGCACGUUCCUCGAAGAGAACAGGCUGGAGCUCCUGUGCCGCUCGCACCAGCUUGUGAUGGAGGGCUACCGGGUGAUGUUCAACGACACGCUUGUGACGGUGUGGUCUGCCCCGAAUUACUGCUACCGCUGCAUGAAUGUGGCGUCCAUACUGGAGCUGGACGAACAUCUCAACAAGAACUUUAAGCUCUUCGAGGCGGCCCCAGAUGAGGUGUACGAGCCAGCGAAGGCCGCCUUACCAGAAUACUUCCUGUAG